UGCUGAGGCUGCCACCGGCCACGCCUGCGCUGUCCUGGAGCUGCCUCCAGCCUGGCCCCUGGGCUGUGGAACAGAAGAUGUGCCAGCCUUCUGCUUCGUCUGCUUUCACAGGGAGGAGGAGGAGGAGUUGCUGGAAGAGGUCCCACUACAGAGGGAGAAGAUGAGUGUGGGCUGCCCAGAGCCCGAGCCACCCCACUCCCUGCCCUGCUGUGGGCCAGGGACUGCCCCUGGGCUGGGAGCAGGCGUGCCCCUUCUCACUGAAGACAUGCAGGCGCUGACCCUCCGCACGCUGGCUGCUAGCGACGUCACCAAGCACUAUGAACUCGUCCGAGAGCUGGGCAAGGGCACCUAUGGAAAGGUCGACCUAGUGGCCUACAAGGGCACAGGCACAAAAAUGGCACUGAAGUUCGUGAACAAGAGCAAAACCAAGCUGAAGAACUUCCUGCGGGAGGUGAGCAUCACCAACAGCCUCUCCUCCAGCCCCUUCAUCAUCAAGGUCUUCGACGUGGUGUUUGAGACCGAGGACUGCUACGUCUUCGCCCAGGAGUACGCACCCGCCGGAGACCUGUUUGACAUCAUUCCUCCUCAGGUGGGGCUCCCCGAGGACACCGUGAAGCGCUGCGUGCAGCAGCUGGGCCUGGCGCUGGACUUCAUGCACGGACGGCAGCUGGUGCACCGCGACAUCAAGCCCGAGAACGUGCUGCUGUUCGACCGCGAGUGCCGCCGCGUGAAGCUGGCCGACUUCGGCAUGACGCGCCGCGUGGGCUGCCGCGUGAAGCGCGUCAGCGGCACCAUCCCCUACACGGCGCCCGAGGUGUGCCAGGCGGGCCGCGCCGACGGCUUCGCCGUGGACACGGGCGUGGACGUGUGGGCCUUUGGCGUGCUCAUCUUCUGCGUGCUCACCGGCAACUUCCCCUGGGAGGCGGCCUCGGGCGCCGACGCCUUCUUCGAGGAGUUCGUGCGCUGGCAGCGGGGCCGCCUGCCGGGGCUGCCGUCGCAGUGGCGCCGCUUCACCGAGCCGGCGCUGCGCAUGUUCCAGCGGCUCUUGGCUCUCGAGCCCGAGCGCCGCGGGCCGGCCAAGGAGGUCUUCCGCUUCCUCAAGCACGAGCUCACGUCCCAGCUGCGGCGCCGGCCCUCGCACCGCGCGCGCAAGCCCGCCGCCGGGGACCGUCUGCCGGCCGCCGGGCCGCUGCGCCUCGAGGCGCCCGCGCCGCUUAAGCGGACGGUGCUGACCGAGAGCGGCAGCGGCUCCCGGGCCGCGGCCCCCGCCGUCGGGCCCGUGCCCGUGCCCGUCCCCGUCCCCGUGCCCGACGCCGACCUGGCGCCCCCUGGGCCCCCGGGCAGGACCGACGGCCGCCCGGACAAGAGCAAAGGGCAGGUGGUGCUGGCCACGGCCAUCGAGAUCUGCGUCUGAGCCGCCCCCCGCCGCCCUCGGGCCGGGGCGCCGUGCACGCAGCCAGGCCGGGCGCGGGGAGCCGCGCUGGGCCCGCUCCAAGCCGGGGUGGCGGCCGCGGCCAAACCGAGCAGCCCUCGUGAGCAGCGCCCUCCCCCAACCCGGCGGCGGCGGCGGCGGCGGCGGCGGCGGGAGGGAGUAGUGGUAGACUAGGCUGGACCGCCGGCCCAGGCGCCUGGUCGGCGGCGGGCUGGUGAAAUAGCCACCAAAAGACCUCUUGCCCGGCCUGUGGAGCAGGGGCUUGGCCCAGAGGAGCCAAGCCCCACAGACCUGAGGAUUCAGAGGCCCCCCUGAUACCUAGGAGCUUGCGGGCAGACUACCUGACAUCUCCCUGAACCCUGAACCCUUACUAGUUGCUCCUAGCCUUUUGCACCCCCUGGCAGAUCACCCCGCAGCCCCGCCCCCGGUCCUGCCCUCCUGGCACCCCACCCCGCCCCCCACUCCACCCUGGGCACAGAAGGGAACUGAAGUAUUGGGGCAGAGAAGGGGCUUAGGGCCUGAGGCACUGGCUGGGAGGAGGGCGAGGUGCUGAGGGCAGGGGUGUUGCUCAGCUGCGUCCUGCCCCUUUCCUAGGAGGCUGGAGGGGAGAGGCCAAGCCCCCUGCAAAAUGUAGCAGAUGUCUGGGUGUUGCAGAAGAGUGUGCAGGCACAGGCCCCCGAGAAUCCAGUGACCCCCACAGCCCAUUCCCCUGAUGAGGACACUGAGCCUGCCAGGAGGCAACUUGCCUGGGGCCACACAGCUGCUGAGAGGUGGGGCUCUAGUAGCGUCCCCCUGCUCCCCAGGGAUUGUCACCCCCCCAGACAGCUCCACACAGAGGGGCCCCCAGGGCAGGAGCCUCAGCUGCACUGCAUCCCUAGGGCGGGGGAGUGAGUGCAGAGCCCAGGGAUGGCCCAGCUUCCCCUUAUGGCCACACCUUUUCCAGACCCAGGAGACCUCUCAGGUCCUCACCACCUCGGCCCCGACACAGGGGCUUCUGGCAGGCAGGGAGGUGAUCUGUGCCAGGAGUUCCUCCUGGGUUUCUGCUGGAGUCGAACAUGUCAGCCUCAGGCUGACCCCAUCCCCUGCCUCCCAAGUUUCUGGCACUGGAGUGUGCUGCUGUGGGUAUGAGAACGGGGGCGUGGGAAUGUGAGGGGUGAAUGUGUGAUAGGUGUGUGUGUGGUGUGAGCGCGAGUAGAGUGCACGUGUGUGCGUGGAGCCUUGUGUGUUGUGACUGCAUCCAGACACCUCCGCAACUCUGCCCGGCCCCAGGAUUCUCUCCAGGCGGCUGCCAGAGGGCGUCCAGGCCUGCAUUUCACCACACCCCUCAGGGAACCCGGCAGGGAGGCACCUGCAGGUUGGUUCAGGCUCUUAGGCAGCAACACAGACUCACCCAGCGCCCCCUCAUGACCCCUGCCCUCUCUGUGGAGGCCUGGGACCCCGCAAUAACCUCAGCAUGGGUGAGGCUGCUCCCUCUGCCUGGCAGUGCCCCAUCCACCAUCCCAGGCCACAUCUGUCAGGGUCCCUCCUGGGGUUCUAGGCCAUUUGAGGGUGCUCCCUGAUAGGCCAGGCUGACUAGAGGGGGCCCUGACCACUCUCUGGCCCGGAGCCCCCACCUCUCUACUCGCCUCUCAUUCCCACCGCGCAAAAGGGCUAUAGGUCCCCCUGCCCUGCCCGGGCCCAGUUUACAAACUGUGCGGUUGUCCCAGAGCCUGGACCCCUCUCCUUGGAGUGCCCUCCCCUCUGGAGACCCCCCUCCCCAGGGGCAUUGGGGCUCUUCACACGCCAGGUAAGUAGCAAACCCCUCCUCCCACCAAGGGCCAAGUCUCUGCGAAGGCCCCCCAUCACUGCCCCAGGCUCCCCUGGAGCUCAUCCUGAGCCCAUCUGGGCGCCUCUCCCAGACGCGACUUCUCCUUUUGCCUUAGGCCUCUCGACAUCCUAUCUCUCCUGCAAUAACAAGGAAGCGAGAUUCCAAGUAGACAUCCCUGGCCGCGCACCCUCUCUCUCUGUCUCUGUUAAGACCCUGUGUGGGAGCUUCUCCCUUGUCGUAGUAGCUAGGAUGUUAGAAUUGGGAAGGGCCCGUAGUUCUGUAGUCCAGCCCCUGUUGUCAGAGGCACAGAGGGGCAGCGACGGCCAACCAGAACCAGGUGUGCUCCUUCGCUGUCUGGGCCACUGCUGCUGCCUCACCUCUGCUGGUCGGGUUGGGACCCUUUGCCCCUUAGGAGAGGUGUUGGUCACAGAAGUUUACCUCAGUUUAUGUCACUGUCGAAGAAACAAGAAAUAAAUAGCAAAAAAUUAAUAACACUGUAAACAUGAAGACUUAGACGAUAAAAAUCUCACACAGAAAAACUCCCCCUUUGUGAUUCUCUGUGAAGGUGUGUGUGUGUGUGUGAUGUUGUGUGUGUGUCCCACCCCGGGCAGGCCGGGUCAUCCCCAACCUCUGGUCCAGCCCUGUGCUCUCCACACUGCCCCCUGUCCUUUGGUGCUUCCCAGAGGCCCCGCUGAGCUGGCCUGUGGGGUAUAGGGAGCCCCCUGGGCAGGAGGCAUGGCCACAGGUUAACUAGAGGGUCUCCCACCGGGCCCACCGAUGCUCCCUGAGCCCACGCUGUGGCCGGUAGGACAGCCCCGGUGGCUGGCAUCAGAGUCCAAGCCCGGUUCAGGGCUUGGCUGGAAUCCCAGCCCCUCGUGUAUUGCCACCAUUCCCCACCAUGUGUUUGUAAAUACUCUGGCACCCUUUGGCCCUGAGAAGGUUUUUAAAUGUGUUAUUUACUUCUCU